UUGUGUCAUAGAUCAAAUUUAUUCGUUCAGUGUAUAUUUACUUGUUUUUGUGUAUUGUCUUUUUGAUCGAGUUAAGCCAUUUCAAUUGAUAUUUUAUUGUGUGUCUUUUUAUGUUGUAAUGUUAUACCACUGUUUCAGGUUAGUGUGAAGGUUGGCGCCUGUUAAAACGAUUAAAACCCGCUGCAUUUUUAUGCACCUGUCAUAAGAAAAAUAACGAUAAUUAUCAAUUUCAUCUUAUAUUAAUUUUGAUCAUUUGAUUGAGAUAUCAUUACAAUAAUCAAGGAAAUGUGAACAAUAAGGAAGGAUGUACACGAUGAAAUCCAAAUUUGUGAAUACAAGGAAAAAUAACCAUUUACACUGCGGCUGCCAUUUUUGUAAAAUGAGAUCCACAAUAAUGGAGUGUUUCGGAUAAUUUGCUGAUGUUUAAGCAGGUUAUGGUAGCCCAUUGAUAUGGAUGCUGACUCAAAGAACGCAGAUAUUGAUCGUUUAACUAAUGAACUGAUAGAAGCUGCGAAAAAUGGUGACCUAGAAGCAGUAAAUAAAUGCAUUCAGAAAGGAGCACUGACAAAUUAUGUUGACCAAUCCGAUAACUUGACAGCACUCCAUUAUGCAUCUGCAAAUGGACACAGGGAAAUCGUUUCUAUUUUACUAGACAAUGGCUUCGACUUAAAUGCAUUAACACCAGAUGGCUGGACUAUCCUCCAUAUUGCUGCCUUAUAUGGACAUAAAGAAAUUGUUUCUGAUCUCCUUGACAGAGGACUGAACCCAAAUAAAGUUACACGCACACACGGUGUGUCUGUACUCCAUUGUGCAGUUGAAAAUGGACAGAAGGAAAUAGUGUCUGAACUACUUCACAACGAUUGUGAUCUUCACAGAGUGACAGACUAUGGUAGAACAGUCCUUCAUUGGGCAGCUGACAAUGGACAUAUAGAAAUAGUUUCUAUACUGCUUGACAAAGAGUUAGACUUGUUGAAUCAUGUAGACAAAGAUGGGUGGUUAGCACUCCAUCUAGCAGCUCAAAAUGGAAUCAUGGACAUUGUUAGUGAAUUACUACGUAGAGGAUCAGAUUCGAAUGCAGUUACAUCAGAUGGCAAUACAGCACUACAUUUGUCAUCAAGCACUGGACACAAGGAAGUGGUAACUGUCCUCCUUGACCAUGCUGCAGAUCCAAAUGCAAAAAACGAAGAAGGCAAUACAGCAUUACAUUUAUCUGCAAGGAAUAGACACAAGGAUGUUGUUUUAAUUCUUCUUGACAAUGCUGCAGAUCCAAACGCAGUAGAUGCAGAUGGCAAUACACCACUAAUUUUGUCAGCAGUUAUUGGACACAAGGAAAUCGUUUCUAUUCUACUUGACAAAGAUGCAGAUCCAAACGCAAAAAAUGUAGAUGGAUACACAGCACUCCAUUAUGCAGCUACUCAUCUUAAAAGGGACAUAGUGUCAAUACUUGUUCAAAGAGGCGCUAAAUUAGAUUCAUCCACAACUGAUGGAGAAACCGCAUUAGAUUUGGUAUCAUAUCGUUGUCUUCCUAAGACCAGAAGACGAAGUCAAAUGAAAAGCUUUCUUCAGGAAGAAAUACAGAAAGAUGAGCUUCUGCAACAGCUGAGGGGGUUAGGGCUAGAAACAGCUUCUGAUUUACAAGAUCUACUACUUGAUAGCUCAUUUAAGAGUUAUUGGAAUAGAAUAUAUUUGGUAGGUCCAUAUUCUGUUGGGAAAAGUUGUUUAGCAAAAGUUCUCGUUGGUGAGCAAGUUCCAGAAUCAAAAGAGUCCACUGAUGGCAUAUGGAUCUGCAUGGGAAAAGCUGGUAUGGAUGUUGAUGAAAUGAAAUGGAUAUAUUUUGAAAAAGGUAACGCGGCAACUGAGAUACUGACCACUAUGCUGAUGUCACUAUCAAGUGCCGAGGUCUCAGCCCAAACACGUGUCAACACUACAAAUGUCGAAACAAAACAAAGGCCUUUGGAAACCAAACAAAAAUGCAAAUAUCAAGGAAUAAAUGUAGAUGAAGGACCUAACAAAAGUUCAUUAGUGAGUGCAGAGGCGGGCAUGUCCAAUGCAUCAUCUCAUAAGCUAUCAGAGAGAGGAAUUACAGAUAAACCUGAAGAUAUGGUUUCAUUCAAAGGCAAAUGCAUGGAUGUUCAACAAUUUGAAAAGAAUAUAAAUUCCGCUUUCUCAUUAGAUGUCAAUCAAGACGAAUGUGGUACCGAUAAUCAGCCGGAAGUUGUCUGUCCUCAAAGCUCUUCCAAUGAUGAGAAAAAAGCUGCAUUUAGUUUUGAUUCCAGUAUGAAAAAACUUAUCCAAGAAGUGCCUAUAAUUAAAGAGAGAAAUCGAAGCUCAACAGAAACACUCAAGGUAACCUCAGGAAAUUUUGACAGCGAAUGGAUGAAGGAUAUUUCAAGCGACAUGUCUAAAGACAAAAUACAUGAGUUAAUGAUCAAAGCAGUCAAAGAAGGGAAAUACAAACAGAAGAUAGUACCAAUAGAUAUUUGGGACUUUGGGGGUCAGAAAGAUUAUCAUAUGACUCACCAAUUGUUCAUUACCAGCAGAGGUAUCUUUAUCCUGAUGUUCAACGGAAGUAUUGGAAUACACAAACACCAACCCGACCUUGGGUCUCUACCGGGACACUUUGGGAAACCAACAGUGGCAGUUUACCUUUUACACUGGGUGAAUUCCAUAUUGACGUUCUGUAAACGAUCGAAAGAAGGUUUUCCUAAAAUCAUAUUUGUUGCUACUCACAAGGAUAUGGUAUCGUGGGUAUGGAAGUGGAGAUUCGAAUCAUACAGACGAAAGAUUGAAGACGAAAUACAAACGCUAUUUAAAUCGCAUGCCGGCUUGAGGCAUUUAGAAUUUAGGCCGCUACUGUUCAUUAAUUCCUUAAAUCCUGAAGACCCAGAAAUUAUCGAACUUCAACACCAACUUAUGAAAAAAGCAACUGAGCAUCCACGCUGGGGUGAAGAAAUGCCAACAGCAUGGAUUCCAUUAGAUCUGCAGUUGAUAAGGAAAGCUGAAGAAGGUAUCAAUGUCAUAACUCGGGAGCAACUUAGAUCAUUAAAUUCUAAGAAUGAAUCAAUGGUAUUAUCAGAACAGCAAAUUGAAACAUUUCUGGAAGUUCAACAUUCAAUUGGAAAACUGCUGUACUUCAAUGUAAAAAACCUCCGUGACUAUGUCAUCAUAUCACCAGUCUAUUUAGUGGGAGUUUUGACAUCAUUAGUGACUGCAAAGCAGUUUUGGCCUAAAAGAGAGUGUUUCCCUAGAAUUUUAAAAAACCUCCAAACAACUGGAUUCAUUGAUAAGGAGGAUAUAUAUUACUUGUGGACACAAGAGGAGUUCAGGCAUAUUUUAGAAUACAAGGAUUACAUGGUCGAUCUGUUAGUACAUCUAGAUGUAAUCAUUGCCCCUAGAACUAGCUAUACACUUUCUAGUAACCCGUUGAGAGAUGUUUCACGUUUCCUUGUUCCCUGUAUGAUAACCAAAACAAACGACACAAAGUAUUUGGAAAAGUUGCGGAAUUGUAAUAAUUCAAUUGUCAUGGCCUAUAACUUUAUCGAAGAAGUAAUACCGCCAGCAUUGUCAUAUCGAUUUCUCGGUUCCCUCGUUACUAUGUGGCAUAUAAAGAAAUAUACAUGUAUAGAGAGUAAUAGAGUAAACACACAAAUGCUUUUCAGUGAUCUUUAUGUGGUUGAAGUUGACAACAGUCACGAUAUUGUUCUUCAGGUGAAAGGCAACAGAGUUGUGGUAUCACUUGUACAUGCUGUGAACAAGAAGAACAUUAUUACAACUCUAGCUUCUUCUAUUCAAGAAUGUCUUACCACGGCAAUGCAUGGAAUUUGCGAAUUUUACUCUACCUUGUCAGAUGCUCAAAACAGUUCGGAACAUCAGCCAAUGCCAUUUGAAAUUGAAUUUGGUGUAUUUUGCAAGUCAGAUAUAUGUUAUUUUCAUCACAAAGAAAUACGUCUAAACUCGCCGUGGUUUUGUAGUCAGCACAGAAAGAAUAACGAAGUUGGAUACCUUCAAGCUUGGUUUUCGGAAAAGGAACCUUCAGAUGAUUGUCUCAACACUUGCAAAGGACUUGGAACAAUGUCACUAGAACAAUGUCCAUCGGACAAACACCUGCGAAGACUGGUUGGAGAGCUUUCUCCGGGGAAGUGUCGAGAACUUGCAAUCGAACUCGGACUAAAAGUUCAUGAAUGGGAAAAUUUUGAAACCCAAUUUCAGAAUCAAAUUUCAGAUGAUUUCAAAUUUGUUGCAGUGCAGUCUUGCACGGAAAAAAGUAGAGACUUUACAUUUAGCACGCUUGUUCGCGUCUUGGAGAUACUAGAACUCACUAGUCAUCUCCUUUGUAAGGUACUUAGAGAUGUGAAACCAGAUGUAUCAGAGAUACUAGAAGAUACUUUAAACAGCACUCCGUCGCCCAUUGUACUUUUAGAUUUAUCGAAUCGUAUUGGAAAUAGCACCAUGCAACUUGCCUUAGAACUGGAUGUAGAUGCAUCUACCAUUCAACAAAUACAGUAUAAACAUAAAAACAAACUGCUUGAACAGACUAAAGAGAUUUUGCAGAUCUGGAGUAAGAAGCAGCAACCAAAACCAACUCUGCUUUUAUUAAUCAAAGCUCUGCACAGAAUUGGAAAAAUGGGUUCAUUGAGAGGAAUAACAUUUUGAAUUUGAAUUACUACAAAGGUGAUGUAAACCAAUAAAAUCUGACCAAAUGGAAACAUUUUACCAAUGUACUGUCAUAACUGAAGAUGUUUUACAGCUGUUAUUUGGUUUAUCCUCAUUAAUUAAUGAUAGUCUGUUUUUGUUUGACUGGGAUUUUUGAUUUCCUCCUUUUUUUCUCUUGUUUUAUCCCCGUUCAUAAAUUAACAAAUUACUAAGAAACAAAGGUUCCAACUCCCUCAGACAAAGUUGAUCAGAGAUGAUUUGGGCUAUUCGGUUUAGGUCCUUUUUUAUCAUAUAGCUUCCAACAAUGCAUCCCUGGCUUUCAUAUGUUUAUGUAUUAGCGUUCCUGAUGAAAGGAAAGCUCUAAGACCCGCGAAAUGUAUCAAGUAUUUAUUUCAUUUAAUUACACUGGGCCGUUACCGCUCCUGGUGCACUGUUAGUCUCAAAGGGUAUCGUCAGAUCAGCAAUCGGAUACUGACAAUAUUUAAAAAUAAACUUAAUUAAAAAUCCCGUUCAUAGAUAAAGGAAUUUUAAAGAGACUAACUCCAUCAGGCAAAGUUCAUCUCGUAUGAUUUGCUAUUCUGUUUAGGUCCUUUUUAUUAUAUAGCUCAUAACGCUGCUACGUAUUUACGAAUCCAUGGCUUUAGAAUGUUUUAAGUUUGAGCGUUUCUGGUGAAGGUAAAUAAAGGACAUCCCUGUAGACGCAAUACAUUUAAAUAAUGUUUAUUUCAUUUACCAACUGGAAGUAAAGAUAAGUAUGAUAUAAAUCUUUUCCGAACCGAAGCACUGACAACUCAGGGGGAUGAUCCUGUUUCAACAUCUUGUAGCAAAAUACCUUUUUGGAUAAAGUGUUGCCUCCUAUCUAAAUUUAAAUGACAAUAUCUCAAAAUAAACCUAUUUUGGCAGUUUUGCUGUUUUGCGCUUAAUGCAAUGGUUUUGAUCCCUAAAUGCAAAUAUGUAAGACAAAAUUCACAACUGAAAAUCAUUAAAUCUGACAGAGUUAUGUUUUAUGAGUAUAUGUAAGAGUUUUGUUGAUUUUUAAAAUAUUUUUAUUUACGAAUUCAAAUAAAGUGUAAAAAUUACACCAUCAAUGAUAUACAAUGGUUUCAGUGUUUUUAUGAUAAUAAUCCGUAAUUUGUAGACCACAAUAUCAUGCACCAAUGUCAGACAGUUUGUUCUGCUACAGUAAAAAGAGAGUCGAAAGAUACCAAAGGGAUGAACAAACUCAUAAAUUGAACACGAACUAACAACGACCAAAAGAGAAUAGAUUGAUUGUUUGAUGUAUAAAUGCCACUUUCAAGAGUAUUGUGCUAUUUCGCGGUUAGUUUUUAUUGAUGGAGGAAGCAUUCGGUAGGAAAACUGACAAUCCUAGUCAAUUAAAAUUGGAGUCGAGCGCAUCUGCCGCGUGUGGGAAUCGAACACACAAUCUCAGUGUUAACAGGCUAGUGAUAAAGUAGUUUGACUUCGUAGACAAUUCGGCCAUCGAGGUCACUCACCAAAAGAGAAACAACAGCACAUAAACACAACAUGGAAAACUAAAGACUGAGCAACACGAACCCAACCAUAAACCGAGGAUGAUCUCAGGUUCUCCGGAAGGGUAAGCAUAUCCAUACAUCAUAAAUAUUUCUUUUAUCUGUUGACAGUAGUCAGAACAAAGAACAAACAUAAAAUAAUUGAACCCUCGAUAUAACUUAAUUAAACAUGUUUUGUUGAUUGUCAAUAAUGAAUUGAUCCUGUUUUCAAAUUAAGUAUUUAAUAUCAAUUGUUCAUGCUUGCUCUUUAUCUCACCUUCUGUGAACCAGCAUAUAUAAUCAAAAACAGCUUAAACGGAUUUUUGCUCAGAAAUUUUCAUGUAGUAUUCUAAUUUAAUCUAAUUAACUUAAAAUGCAGAAACGUUUAGAAGCCCCGGCCAUAUGUUGAGGGUUAUGGUCAACCUUGCCCCUGUUUAUUGUCAUCCCAGGACACUGUAUCAUGUACUCUUUUAAUUUUGUGUAUUUUCAUUUGUGUCGUUUUUACGACAGAGAAGUUUAAUUUAUCACUUAUAAAUUUCUAAAAUGAUUAUUGUUUUUUUUAUGUGGCUCCUGAUUGGUUGCUUUCUUCUGGUGUUUCUACUGGUUGGCUGUUGUUCCCUUCUGCAUCUGUUUGAGAAACUAAUGACAUUCAUUGCUUUAUAUCUGGAAGGAAAUUCAUAAGACUUAUCAUAAACCCCCUUAAUUUUUCUUUGUGCAACUUGUGAGUUGAAAUUAGUUCCCUAAAAUAAUACAUUCAGAAAUUUUAGGAAAGCCUUUUUGUAAAGUAUAUUUCAGAUCCUUAGUAACCUUUUCUUCCAAAGGUCUAGCUGCUUUUGUUA